GACGAAGGGACGUGCAUAUCCCUCUCCCGUUUCGCGGGUCUGCUGGCCUCGAUAAGUCACACGGUCCAACUUGAUCUUUUCUGUUUUUUUCCGCCAACAUUACAGUUUCACUGCUCAUCGUUGCAUGCUCGAUCCAAAACGAUUAUCUAUUGACCAGCAGCCGAUAAGGACUUUUUUUUUUUGAGGGGGUGUCAUCCAUCAGAAAUUCCCGCAUUUCGUUUUCCUCCCCCUUUUUUCUUUAUAUCGUUUUUUUUUCCUUCGUGAGUGUGCCGAUCGUUUAGUGUUUUGAAGAGAAAAGAAAAUAAGGAGCAACACGCCGCAAGUGUGUGGCUUGAGAAUCGAAAAAGUGCAAAUCCGGCCGUGAUGUGCGGUUCUUCUGCGGGUCAGAGUUGUUGUGCGAACGCCGUCGAAGGCGACGUCGACGACACGCCGGAUGUUCAGGACUCGCGGCCCGGGCUCACCACCCAUCUCCGCUGGGCCGCUCCUGAAUUGCCCUUCCGUCCCGGCGUCAUCUGCGCGUCCGCCUUCGCCUCUUUCUUUCCCACUUCUCUUUGUUCUCCAUCCUAAUCUUCUUUCAUCGCUACCAUAAAGGCUGCGUUUAUUCGCUGCCUUUUUUUUAGCGCCACUCCACCCGUUAUUGCGUCAUUCAUUUUUUUUUCGAACGGGCGGACGCCAAAAAAUCGGAAGAAGACAAUUACCGUAAAAAACUGGAAAUAAUGUGUUGUAAACAGUUGGACAAAGUGAGGACAAAGUGAAAUCCCAUCUUUUUUUUUUUUGCUUCUUUUUCGCUGUUGUACAAAAAAAAAAAUUUGUUAAUUGGAGAACGGGUUCAGCAACCAUCCAUUCCGUGGUCACAAUAAUGCCUCGACGUGUCUCAUCGGCAUCCAGCAGUUUGCACGCUAUGGGCUCAUCCACCGUGGCUGGUGGUGGGACGACUAGUGGAGGAGGAGGAGGAAGUAGUAGCAGCAGCAGUUUGCGCGGACCGCGUCCGGCCAAAUCGGCCAAUUGCAUCGCACCCGCCUCGCCCAGCCCGGAUUCGUCCAGCGAUAACGCGUCCGACAAUUCGGAUCUGUUUCAAUGGACGACCACUGGCGUGGAGAGGCACUUGGCCCGCAGUGAUAGCGGUUCUUCGGCCUUGUCGAUGACGGCCAAUUCCCGUCUGACGCAGAGCCAAACUGGAAGCGCGGCGUCGCGCAAGAGGAAGCUUUUGGAACAGUUUCUGUUGCCGGAGAAUGCGGCCAAUUCGGGCGGAAGCAACACCAUAUCACUGUCAGACAUGCGUCAUAUGGGAUUAGUGGGACAGGCCCGUCCCUCGGCUUCCAUUCAGCCGACGAAUCACGCCGGCGUUCCUACCACUGCCCCUCCAGCGGUGACAGUUGCAACUGGAACGACUUCGACUUCCUCGCGGACGUUAACCUCGACGAGCAGCAGCGCGUUGUCGGCAGGAAUCAGUUUCUCGGCCGCCUCCAAUUACGUGCCCAGCUUCUCGUUCUAUCAAUCGCGCUCUUUCGGGCCGCCUUCCUGCUCGGGUGGCGGCAGCACCGAGAGCCUGUGCAGCAGCACGGCAGAUUCCGCUUGCGGCCAUCCUCCGGACCUGCCCGAUGACGGCAACUUGGCAACGCCAGCACCACCCGUGGACGUGCACGCUUCGGACGUGAUGGAAAUUCGAAACCGGGCCAGCGCGUCUUGCCGCGAUACGCCGCCAUUGCACAUGUCGGGUGAACGACAUUUUCAUGGGACGUCGAUGAACAACCGAGUGGCCGGCUGGAGAUUAGAAGAUAUUGACGACAACCUAGCGGCUGAUUUUGACGGUAGCCUAUCCGGCCUGGGAGUUGAUCUCAGCGUCGCAUCGUACAACAUGAGUGAGGCGUUGCUGGCCCUCCCUACAUUGACUGGAUUCAAACAAGAGGCGCCGUCACCUCCCAAUGGAGAUCAUGGAAGGGUCGGAGCCAAUCCGUCGCCUCCGCAAACGACGGAAAGGGCAUCCAGCGAAGGCCGUACCGUGACGCAUCUGACUGGACACGGGCACGGUGGCGACCAGAGCGGCUAUUCGCAUCCGUUCCAGCACAUGUUGCACCAACAUUCGAGCUGGAGUGGUCAGGACGGCGGAGUAGGCGGUGGAGCCGUUGGAGGAGCUGGGCCCAUCACGGGCGGUGUUGGUACGGGUAGCGCUUCCAGCCUGACGUCAUCAUCAUCCAACGAAGGCAUGUCCUCUUCUGGUGGACUCCAUCAGCAAGGAGGUUCAACUGGCGUCGGAGCUACCAAUUAUCACGGAGAAAAGUACAAAUACGAUCGACUCAACGAGGCCGACGCUAAUGCCGACAACAGAUUCCAGUACGUGUUGGCUGCUGCGACGUCGAUUGCCACCAAGGUCAACGAAGAGUCUCUGACUUAUUUGAACCAGGGGCAACCCUACGAGAUUAAAAUGAAGAAGCUGGGCGAUCUGUCCAACUUUAGAGGAAAAUUGCUCAGAAGCGUCGUACGUUUGUGUUUUCACGAACGCAGACUGCAGUACAUGGAACGUGAACAGAUCGCUGCGUGGAGGAUGUCGCGGCCGGGCGAUCGCAUCGUCGAGAUAGACGUGCCCUUAUCCUACGGCAUUUACGAAGUCGUCCAGGACAAUAGCAACUUGAAUGUCGUCGAAUUUGCUUGGGAUCCCACCAAGGAAGUGGGCGUCUACAUCAAAGUUAAUUGCAUCAGCACAGAGUUCACGCCAAAGAAACACGGCGGUGAGAAGGGUGUUCCAUUCCGCAUUCAAGUGGAAACGUAUUCUCACGGUGAUGGCGAUGGCACCCCGAAGCGUCUGCACGUUGCAGGUUGCCAGAUUAAAGUUUUUAAGUUGAAAGGAGCGGAUCGAAAACAUAAACAAGACAGAGAAAAGAUUUAUAAGCGACCGAUGGCCGAACAGGAAAAGUACCAACCAUCUUGUGAAUGCACCAUUUUAGCAGAAAUACCGCUGGAAUUAGUUUAUACGUCAGCAAUCGUGCCCGUAGGCACGGCAACCAGCAACGGUAGCAGCAGCCAGACGACUCAAGUGGUGGCUGUCGCAACCACUGUGGUUACUCCACCGGCUGUUUUGGCCAGUCGAACGUACAGCCCUACUGAAUUACACAAAUCACAAAGUUUUACCAGUGAAGGAUGCCCGAGUGAAAGUCCUCUUGGACACGAUACAGACAAUGUCGAAAGCCCUACAUCUAUGAUCGGAAGUGGUAAUAGUGCCGUUUACCAGUAUUACCUACAGCCGUUAAGCGCCGAGGCAAGCGCUCAGCAGACGGCCCAGUGGCUGCAAACGAACAGAUUCUCAAGCCACGCCCGCACAUUUUCUCGCUUUGCCGGAGCCGACAUUCUCAGGUUGACACGCGACGACCUUAUUCAAAUUUGUGGUCUGGCCGACGGUAUCCGACUUUUCAACGCUCUUCACGCCAAAGCCUUGGCGCCGAGGCUGACCCUCUACUUGACGCAGGAUCAGAGCCAGGUGUUCCAUGCCAUAUUUUUAGAAAACUUGUCCUGCGUCGAGAUCGGAAACAAACUAGCCGCCCUUGUGCAAUUGUCGUCCCAGCACGUCUUGGACGUUUACAUCGAAGGACCUUGCGGAAUCCACGUCCUCGUCACUGACGAAGUCGUUCAAAACAUGAAGGACGAAUCUAUGUACACUGUCGAACUACUACCUGAUCAAACUAGCGACCGGUAUCGACUGCUGCUUAAGUCGACUUCACCUCAUUAGGUUUUGUAUUGCAAACCUACCCUGCAGGUAAGUUGACAGAAAACCAACACCACAAGCUAAAAAAAAAAACUUACAAUUUUGUUUUCGCCAUUUCUUCAUCACUUUCCUCCCCCAAUUCUUCUGUUGUUUAAAUUUUACUUGCUUAGCUAGAGCAAAAAUCAUGGUUGACAAGUUGUUUUCUUUUUGCCUGGAAGUCUCCACGAAAAUAUUUGCCGAGAGAUAGAUUCUUGUUUCCUACGCAUUAUAGGUCCAACAGACCCUAUCCCCCUCGUAAGUGCCUUUAUCAAAUGUCGUACUUGCUGACUUUUGUCAUGAUGAUCAUUGUUCAUUUUGUUUUGCUCAUCCUUUCCCCUCUUUACAGACUCCAUUUCUUAAACGUGUACCCACACACACACAAAACACAUUUUCAUUUUACACGCAUGUGUCAUUCCCGUUGUUCAGUAGCAAAACAAAAGGAGAUAAAAACAAACCAUUUAACACAAUUCUCCUGUUAUCGUUCUCGCCAGCACUGUUGAUUUCCUUUUUUUUUAUCAUCUUGUUUGUGUCUCACGGGGAGAGGGUUUAUCCGUAUCUUGACCAUGAUUGAUGAUAUAGUCGAAGCGGUUGAUGAUUUGUCGUUGACUUGUAAUACUUGUCUUACUUCCUCCCCCCUUUAUCUUUUUUACAAAAAACAAAUCUACUUCUUCGUUGGGUGGGUUAUCAAACACAAUCUUUGCAAAGUAAAUAAGAAUACAUGGCCAAGAUCUCGUUA